CAUCCUUCGAUUACUCGAAGAUCGGUCGAAGACGCGUUCGAUCCAUGUGUUUUUGUUUGAGGAGUUGCGCUCUGGUAAUUUAGUUUCUUUCCGGAUUUAUUGAAACUCGUGACCCAGCAAAUCGUAGCUCAACGUUAUUAUGGCCAAGCAUCAUCCCGAUCUUAUCUUCUGUCGAAAACAGCCUGGAGUUGCUAUUGGUCGACUUUGUGAGAAGUGUGACGGUAAAUGUGUUAUCUGCGAUUCCUAUGUGCGUCCCUGUACAUUAGUUCGCAUUUGUGAUGAAUGCAACUAUGGUUCUUAUCAAGGAAGAUGUGUCAUUUGUGGUGGACCUGGUGUAUCAGAUGCCUAUUAUUGCAAAGAAUGUACAGUACAAGAAAAGGAUAGGGAUGGCUGCCCUAAGAUUGUAAAUCUUGGAAGCUCUAAAACAGACCUAUUCUAUGAAAGGAAGAAGUAUGGAUUCAAAAGAAGAUAGUCUUAAUAGUUUUAUUGAUCCAUUUCUUAUGCAGGGAAGAAUCACAUAGAUAUUCUACUUAUCAAUAAGUAAAUGAGGAAGAUUUCAUGCAACUGGAUGCCUUCAGCAUCAAGUAAGUGAAGAUCCUGCCUUUGAAAACGUGUGAAUUCAGAAAACACAUUUUCAUCGGAGGUUAAUUUUGUUUCCAUAACCAACAUAUUAUUUGGAGUUCUUACAAUUUUCAUAUUAUGUGAUUUGUUUUCUGGAAAUUCACACAGUUUUCACUGCUUUUUCGCAUGGAAGAUACAUACAUGCCUAGUCCAUGUGAAGUGAAGCUACUGACCUCAAAUAAUUUUGUCCACCCCA